AUGGAGUCAAAGCAAAAUAGCAGCAGCUUUGAACAGAAGAAAGCUGGAAAUCCUGUUGAUCUGGUAUAUGAUGCUUCUGAGAAGACCGCGGAUCGGUACUUCUGCUCUCGGUGCGACCAAACAAAUGCUUCGGACUCAAAAGACGAACAUGAAGAUUGGCACUUGGCAAAGGACCUCCAGGAACAAGAACAAUGUGGCGCUAUAGCCGCAGCAAGUACGGUUCACACUUCUGUUCACGCCUCGCAGCUGAACGUCAAGCAAACUGGCGACGGGAAACGUGAUCAACCUCCAGCUUACGCGCCGCCGUCAUAUCCACCGCCCAGGAAUGCAGCGAGCCGGACUAGAUCUAUUCGUCGCCAUACUAAUCAAGUCAUCGAAGCAGGCAAAGUUCGUGCCAGAGAUGAACAACAAAUGCAGAAUGCACUGCUGAAUGUCCAGCUGCAGUAUGGGAUCUACAACAGUGAGAUUGAGCCCGAACACGAGACGGAAUAUUACUGCAGUUGUCCUAUCCACAACUACCAGAGGAUGAAAUGGAGUCGAUAUGGAGUACAGGAAAUGUGGUCGAAGGCAGUCAUGUAUCCAGGAGAGAGGGCCUACAACGACUAUUAUCAAAACGCAGGCAUAUUUAACAGGAACCCCUACCGAUUCCGCGUCGUGUCGCCAUACGGCUACUACGCCCAAUCUAACUGGGGAGUGUCAAGACCGCAGCCAAAAUACCACGCCCAGUCAAUCCACCAGACGAUUGCGCUCAACAAUCGCCUGAACGCUGAGGCGCAAGCAAACAUUGACGCCGCCGAGCCCAAGGUCGAUAUCUGGAAUGAGGGCGACGAGAAAGAUUCGAAUGAUACGCGACAGGAAGGAGCCUCUUCUUCUGCGAAUGGAAGUGCGGCCAAGCCUGCCAAAAUAUCGAGGCUUGCUAGUUUCAGGCAAUCCUUUGGCAUCAAAUCUUCGGAAGAGAGAGCAGCUGCGAAGACAGAGAAGAUGGUGUACCAAGGCCGUGAGCUACGGGACGCAAUCCUGGCAGAGGAGGAAGGCAGGUGGCCCGAUGAGCAAUGGCGCCAUAUUGUGGCAGUAUAUCAGGAGAAGGUUGGGAUGACCAGGAAGAUUGCGGACCUCCGUGCUCGCCAUCCCAUUCAGUAUCUUCACCUGCUCAGAGCUGGUUACUUUGAGCCUAUUCCAGUGGCUUGGGCCAACCAAGCCUCUAAUCCGCUGAAAUUUAGCAUCGAGGCUGCCGCCGGAUGGCGAGGAAUUACCCCUGCCUGGCGAGGGUACGAGGAUACCGCCGAGGAACGGCUCUACUGGGUCUUGAACCACAGAGAAGGCAGUGUUGGAAUGAGAAUGAAGCCGGACUUUAUUUCGGAAAUGAACAUGGCACGUGCCAGAAUGGCCACAGCAGUUGAACCGCCUCCCGAGUACUACUCCGCCACCGACACCUGCCACCUCCAACAUACUUCUGUUGGCUACUCCAAGCAGGUCAUGCCCACGCCCUUUGUGGCUUACGAUCGACCGGAAGAACCGACAGACGACACGAUGAUUCUGUUGGAUGUUUCUGGAUCCAUGGAUUUUGACCCGGUGCGACCGAACUACGACCAGUAUCUCAUCACCGGCUACUCCAGAUCCACGCAGCCAAAGAACAAAGAUGUUGCCAAAGCAAUCAUCCGACGCUUCACCGAUGCCAUGGCAAACCACGACCACCAGUUCCGCGGCUAUGAUCUGACGACUUUCUCCAGUUCCGCCUACUACAUUGGCACCGUUAACCACCAGAAUCUUGAUGCGAUGUGGCACAGGGUCAAGCUUGGAGGCGGAACACGCGUCAUGACCGGCUGGCAGAAGGUCAAAGAAUUGCAUUUCCAGAAGCAUUCCGAGUCUGCCACACAUCAUCCGGUGUACGGAUGGCAAGCCGGGCCAGAAACGCCCAUGCUACGCUUGCUUCUUCUACUUGACGGCGAAGCCACCGACAUGGACGAGUUCGAACUGGAUCUUCUGGGUCUUUCGUGGGCUCACGUCACCAUUUUCCUCAUUGGCGUGGACGGGUGUCCGCAUCACCAUCGCCAUGCUAACGAAUUGCAACGCAUCAGCGACGUCAACCACCAUGUCUCCUUCGUCGAUGCGCAAGGCAACACGCCGGAGAGAUUUGUUACCCACGAGCUGCUCAAGAGGCAUUUGGGCUAUGAGAUUUCGAUGGCUGAGUUUGAGCAGAUGGAGGAGUUGCCGAAAUAUACGGCAUAA